GUUUCGAUACUUUAUAUUGAAAUACCAUUACAGCGAUCGUCACAUCAAUGAAUAUGUGUGCAAAUGUUUUAAGUAGUCAUUAAAUGCAAAUAUCAUCAGAUUUAUCAACUUUUCAAUGGUUACUCCCGACUCAAAUACCACUUCAAUUAUAGCCCAAAUAAGGGCCGCCUUUUCAUUAGUGGACACAAAGGGUGACAAACGUAUUGAUGGACAGGAACUCAAAGUAAUGCUCUCUAAGUUGAAGAUUCCCAUCAGUGAUGCCAUUAUUGAUCAGUUGAUUGCCGAGACAUCAAAGAAUGGCGACGGUUUAAUAACAGAAGAGGAGUUCUUCCGAUGGAUGCUUAAGAUGGACGCACAUCACGACGACGUCGAGGGAGAACUGACGGCCGCCUUCAAGAUCUUUGACUUCGACAACAGCGGAACCAUUGAAAUCGAAGACAUUAAGUAUGCGCUCGAAUUGAUUGGCGAACCCAUCACUGAUGAGGAGAUCAAAGAGAUCCUAACCAUUGGCGACAAAGACAAAGACGGAUGUAUUAGUUAUGAAGAAUUCAUUAAAUUAGUGCUCCAUUAGACUCACAGUUUGUUUGCUUACAUAUAAAUUAACUUUUAUUUUUGCCAAAACUAACACAUAAUAAGUUGUUUAUUACAAUCAUUUUAUAUCAAUAUUACGUUAUAUUAUAAUAUAUUUUAUUCAAGUAAUCGUAAAAUAAUCAUUUGUUUUGUUGACUGAUUUUUAUUAAACAUAAUCUUUCAAACAAUUA